AUGUCAUUCAAAUCAAAAGUCCAAAUCCACACAAAAGCAUUUCCAACUAUUUUACUAUUAGAUCUUUGUGAUCUGGUGCGAGGAGUGAAAGGGCCGAGCUUCACCGCUGGGUGGGGGGUUGUCCAGGGAGGCACACUGGCAAGGGCGAAGAAGCACGCGACGUCACACGGCAGAGUGGCAAGGAAGGCCAGAGUCGAGACAGCCCACAGUGAGCGAGAGAGGGAGAGAUGCCAGCCCUGUCCCCGUCCCCCUCACCUUCUCUGCUUCUUCUUCUUUUGCGAUGGAUGGCACCAUCACUCACACGGUGGCGCCCCCACUCCACUUGCAAGUUGCCUCGCCUGCCUUUCCCCUUCCUUCCAUCCAUCUCCUACUAUUUAUCAUGCUUCGCCGGGCCUUUUGCUUCUCCACGCUGAUUGCCAAGUGCAUCUCUGUGCAGGCCCCUCGCUAUGUCCCUCGGCGAAGCAACCAACCGCUGGACUUCGAAAUUCUUCUCAACGCCUCCGAGCCAGGGCCCGUGUAGUCGUCGCGAUCGACAGUCGUCGGUUGGUUCGCACAAUGGCAAUAUCCAUGCAAGAGUUGUUCUACGGUGAGAGCGAGCCCGUCUACUUGGUCCACUAUGGGCGGCAAAGAAGCUCCACAAGCUGGGGGUCGCACUCGUACACCCCGCAACCGGCCAUGCCCGAAUUGUCCCGCACCAGUCGUGGUCGAUCGGGAUUGCGCAGAUUUGACCUGAUGGCGCCAAUGUGCUGCGCUGGGUGCGAAGACCAGGUGCGAGACGCUCUGUAUGCGGUGCGGGGCGUCCAAGACGUGGUUUGCGACCCCGGCGUGCAGAGGGUGACCGUGACGGGGUACUUGGAGCCUGUAGAGGGCCUGAAUGGAUUGAAGCAGGCCAAAGGCUGCGCCACAUUCUGCUCUCGCAACAAGCAGCACAGAUACGAGGAGUCCUCGUGCCAGAGAUCACACCGAGGCCAAUUCGAAGACAGGGGUCGCAGGGAGUACGUCCAAUACAACGUGAGAGAGCAGAGGUCGCACUCCGACCGCAGCUACGACGGCUCGAGGAGCGAGUCAUACUCUCGGAGCUUGUGCCCGGCGUACAGAGACACCGCUCGGACGCAUUACAUGAGCGUGCCGAACCCGACGAUUGCAACACGCGUAGAGAGGGAAUGGUGAGGGGCAACUGCCAGUUUUGCAAAUUUUGUACAGUGAGAUCAGAAUGGGGUUCCACAUUGGGGCCGCACAAGGUUGCGAACGGCGACGAGCGAAUUUAGGCUAGAAACUAGACUUUCUCCGGAAAUUUCCGAACCCUUUGGGAUUUUAGAUUGCGGGUGCCGUGCGCACAGAACCUGGACAAGCUUGAUUCCGAGAACUGUGUGACGCACAUUUGAGUGUACAAACCGAGUCCGAUAAUCGAAGUUGGCCAAAGGCUGGCUGGAUUAAAAACA